AUGGCCGAAGGCAGCAACGGCCAAGGCACGACGCGCGCAGGCAUCCGCAGUUGUCCGCCCAGUCACGCCGCAGUGCUGCCCGCGCUGCUGUCGGAGCUCGAGGCCGAGAUGGAUGGGCUGCUGACGACGCAGCACCACGAGCUCCGGAGCCAGCUCCGAGCAUUCGCUACCAGGGCUGCUACAGGGCAGUGCUCCGGGACUGCCCAGGAGACCUUCCGCCGGGACUCCACGGCAAGCGUCGAGCUCGUGCGCGACGGUCUCAGCCCCGAGAUAAUGGACGUGCCGAUGCCCGGCCAUUGCUAUGAGGUCUGCAUUGCCUCGGAAGCGGAAGGCCUGGGACAUCAGCUCGACAACUUUUUCCCGAAGGUCCGCCUGGUUAACGGCGCCAUCCGCAUGGCGGAGGGCGAGCAGAAGCCGCGGGCUGAUUUCGACCUCGACGACAAUGGGCGCCAAAGUAUGCUCAGCCUUUGGGAAGCCAUUUGCCGGGCUUGCAACGCGUGCACGGGCCGCGAGGACCCGCGGAUGCGCGAUCACUUCACUGAUUCCCUUGGCAUAUUCCAGCGCCGCGUCUUCAAAGUCUACGUGGAGACGGUCAAUGACAUGAACGUUCUGUUGCCCGUGGGCAUCCCGCGCAUCACGUACGGGAGCAAGAUCCCCUGGCAAUUUGUCGUCAAGUCGGUCGUUGACUGGGCCCGCGAAGCUGUCGACGUGGCCGCCGUUUCUUGUGAUGCCAGCCGCCGACGUGCACCAGCCCAGUCCUACACCGAGGUCCCGCCCUUGAAAGUUGGGCUUGUGCCCGUGGAAGCGGACGCGGGCGAUCGCCCGGUGCACAUGUAUGCCGAGGAGAUGGCGUGCAUGGUGGUCAUGGGCAAGGCCAACCAGGAGGGCGUCAUCACGAUCGACGCCGCCAUCAGCGCCGUGAAGAACUACGGGCGCUCUGGCGCGGGGAAGGAGCUUUUCAAGGAGCAUAAAUGGGCGAACCGUCCCGGCAUGAUGAAGAUUGCGGCACUCCUCCGGUCCAUGGACUUGUUAAAGGGGUUUCACGAGUUCGACGAUGCGGAUUUCCAGCCCAUUACCAACGACGUGGGUUUCCCAUCUUGGAUGUAUUCUAUCACGAUCAAGACGGACGCCGACGACGGUGGCCACCCCAUGUCUUCGCAGAUAUUCUUGGAGAAGCUUGUUAAGUUAAAGACGGUGGUUGGUACGCUUGUCCCACGCCCGGUUGAUUCUCUCCUCUACCUCGACGGUGUCGGCAAAGAUUGGCCCGCUUGCUUCGGAGAGGUGUCGCAUCUCUUCACCUUGCUGCGCGCCAACCCAGGGUACAUCGCCACGGAAGGCCAGGCGAAGCAGGAGUAUGGGGCCGAUGCCAACGCGAGGGGGGCCCACGCUUGGGCCAAAGAUGCGUGCCUGUGGUUGCUGGACCACUGGGCAGGCACCGGGGAGAUGGCCACGGUGGAUGCGCUCCUGCAGGAAGACGUGAAACAGUUCCAGGCCUUUGCGUACGAGGGGUUCGUGUCGGAUGCUUACAACACCGUCCUGGGGGGCGAGGCUAGCGACGGCCAGUUCGACUGA